UUCCUGUCGUACGAAUCAUUGGUUCAACGAGCUGUUGUGGAUGCCCUCAAGUAUUGAGGUGCGGCAGUGAUGACAAAAGUUUAUGUCUUUGGCAGAAUUGGUCGUCGGUUGUACCGAGAGGAUGGAAAGCAUCGGUCCAGAAUUGAGAUGCCUUUGAAUCAAUCAUCGUGGAUGGCUGCGCACAGCUUCUGAAGAUCAAUCAUCGUGGAGUCAGAAAUGAUUGUCCCACGAGUAUUAUUCUCUUAUUAUACUGAUUGGCAUGAGGCGUUGAGGAUCCUUGAGAGUACAGCAUGUUUCCGCUAACUACAGCGAGCCAAUGAUGAUGAAUAACACAAAACAAACAACAGUCCAAGCAAAACAUCGCAAAAGACUAACUAAGGGAAAAUUGGAUUGAAAUGAAGGUCCAACAGUUUGUCGAUGAAAUAGGAAGUAUUCUUGUGGGUGAGAUGGAGAAGUCGCAAUAUUCCACAUCAAUCACGUAUAAUGGAUGGGGUAACUGCGAACCCAAGUGCUCUUGCCGCAUGAUCUCAGCAUAAACAACCAAACUAUCAAAACUCGUGAUACGUUACAUUGUAGAAAUCAAGACCUCCAUCUUUCCCACUCAAUUGGUCGAUGCUUUCAAUAUGUACGAUUUCAAGUCUAUUGUUGACACUUUCCGAUCAUGUUUGGUUCCUCGUCGUCGAACAAUGCUCACCCUCAAGCUCGAUCAAAUAUCAAUCACCGAAAUCUUGCAAGGUUUAAAGAAUGGUCAUUUCUCAAGCGAAGAACUUGUUAGAGUUGGUUGAUGGCCAUGUGGCUUCAUUUUCACUUGACUAACGACGAUGAAGACUUACAUUAAGCGUAUCGAACAAGUGAAUUUGAUUGUCCAUGCCGUUAGUGAGAUUAAUCAUAACGCUAUCGAAAUUGCUAGGGAAAAAGAUGAAGAACGAUUCCGCGGCUCGGCCCGAGGAAGUCUUCAUGGAGUACCGAUCCUAAUCAAGAAUCUAUUUUUCACCACUGAUGGCCUCAAAACCACCUGUAAGCUUUUUUUCUUCUCCUUGUUUUUUCUUGAUCCGGCUCAUUCUCAUUAUAUCUCAUGAAGUUGGCUGCACGGGAUUUCUUGAAGCCAUUCCAAAUAUCGAAGCAACGACAGUCAUCAAGCUCCGUGAGGAAGGCGCAAUUAUCCUUGGAAUAGCAAAUGGUUCUCAAUGGGCAAAUAACCGAUGCACUCCUGGUUGGUCUGCCGUCGGAGGUCAAUGUUUGGGUAUCUAUUUUAAAGAUCAACAUCCUAAAGGUUCAUCAUCCGGCAGUGCUGUUGGAGCUGCUUUAGGACUUUGUGCUGCUGCUUUGGGCUCUGAGGUUCGUCAUUUCUCAAUGUCUUUGGAUUACGUGGACUAAGGUUUGUCUGUACAGACUUCUGGUAGUGUAACAUUACCCGCCCAGAGAUCUGCCAUAGUGGGAAUCAAACCUACAGUAGGGAUGACUUCGAGAUAUGGAAUGUAUCUUGCGAGUAAUAGUCAGGAUACUGUAGGGGUAUUGGCAAGAAGUGUUAAAGAUGCCGCGCUUAUUUUGACUGUGAUUGCAGGUAAGUCUUUUGAAUACAUUCAAAAUACUGCAACUAAGAUCCGAAAGGCGAGGAUCAAAAGGAUCCCAUCACAAUUUCGGAUCCUAGAGAUUCAAUAUCCUGCAGGAAACCAUUUGGAACUCCAGAUUUUACAAAGGCAUGCAACUCUAGGAGGCUAGAUGGCAUGCGAAUAGCAGUAAGAAGUUUCAAAAAUAUCAGACAAUUAUGAUGUUAACCCUACAACUAGAUACCUCGUCAUAUGCUCAAAAACGUUGAUCCCACCACUCUUCACCUCUUCACAAACGCAAUCAACACAAUCAAAACCCUAGGAGCAAUCAUAGUAGAUCCAGCUUCAUACCCCAAAUUUAAUCCCGAUAGAUCUUCGUGUACUGGUGACCAAUAUGAUCUCGCUUUGCAAGUUGAUAUAUAUCACAGUAUAUCUCCAUUCCCUAUAUCCUCAAUACCUAUCAACUAACCAUCCUCACAGACAUGCAAAAAUCCCUCUCCUAUUUCUCCACCAACCCACACUCUCUCUACACCCUCUCCGACAUAAUCUCCUACACAAUCACCACACCCGCCGAAGAAGCCUCUACGAGGGGUUACACAUUCUUAGAAUCUUGUCUUAAAGCAGGAAAUACAUAUUCCCCCAUAAGCGAAGAAUACAUAAAUUCCAAAACAGAAAGAGAAUACAUGGGUAAACAAAUCCUAAAAUUACUAGAUAAAUUCGAAUGUGAUAUGAUUCUCCUCCCUACCUGCGUAGCUGUCGAACCGGCUGAUGUGGGUGGCAAUCCUGUGGUAAGCGUACCGAUGGGAUAUUAUCCUGCGGGAACGGAAAUUAUGAGACGGAAUGGGAUGGUGGAUGCUGGGGCGGGGAUUCCGUGAGUUUUUUCGUUUUUUUUCUUGUUUCUUUGGGUUUUGGUGAUGUGAUGAAAAAAUACUGAGGGGACUAAUUAUUGAAUGACAGGAUUGCAGUAUCGUUUAUAGGAAGAAGAUGGGAUGAUGAAAUAUUAAUCGCAGCGGCGAAUGCGUAUGAGAAAGCUACGAUGUGGAGGAAGAACGGGAAGAUACUUGUGCAAUGUGAUGUUGAGUUGUCUAUCUCUAUCACUAUCCCUAUCUAGGGAUUUAUAACAUCUACUCCGUACGGAAGUGAGAGAAUAAUUAAUUCGGUACUCGAGUAGGUGGGUCUAAUUUACUUCUCUGAGUUCUAUUGAACUAGGUAUGAUUCCAAUACGCAUCUAUGUAGCUUUUAGUUGAAUAUCCCUAUAAUUGUAAACUUCCUAGGUACCCGUAGAUUAGGUUAAAUUAACCCUAUAACACGAAAACAAGAAAU